UUUUUUCGAAGUUAAGUACCACAUUUUAUCGUUUUGCUCGUUGUACCAAAAAUUUGUUCUUGAAUUCGCUUAAUCUCUAAAUUGCAAAAAAACAAAAUGUUUCCUAGUUUUCCAUGGCCAAGCAAAGCCGCGACCUAGCGCUCUCUAUUGCGUCAUGACGCUCCGCACGUCACUUGUGCUUGGCGCGUUUGUGUCGCUCAUUUGCGACCCGCCCGGGGUAGUUCUUGCGAGCGGAGAUGUUGCAGAUCAAGCGGCAACAAGAACGACCGACACUGCGCUCCCACCUCGUGUUGAGCCAGCAGCCGUGCCUGUUCUGCCUACAACUAGGCUGAUUCCGACGAUAGAAGCUCAUGCCGGUGCGACAGAAGAUGUAGAUGGAACAACCGUAAGUUCCACAACAACUGCAAACCCGAACGCGUGGCGCAAACCGCUAUCCUGGACGAUCCCUCGCGAGCAGCACCAGGAAUGGGCCGCCAGGACGGGCAUGCCUGCAAUUUUGACGCACGAGUUUUGCUGGGAGCUGGCUGCGCAGAACAGAGAAAAGUUUGAGAGGCUGCGAAAAUUAGGCGAAUUGCAAAGGUCCACGCCGCUUCCAACGGGGGCGGAGCGAAGGAAGCUCGCCGCCGCGAACAGUGCAGCGCACGGCGGUCGGGCUGCUCUAGAUCCGAAAUGGCAUGAGGAGAUGCUGCGUGACGCCGAGGCGCAUCGCGCCGGCGAGAAGCGGCGAAUGGAGGAGCGAGACCAAGACGCAUUUCGAGGAGUCCCAACCUCCUUCUCGCCAGGCCAGGAGGACGAAUUCUGGCAGCCAUUCGGGGAUCUAGGAAAGUAUUUGCCAUAUGCAUAUUGUUCGAUCCAGUGUUCUUGAGAAGGAACGAAAAAAAUCUGAGCGUCAGCACCAUCCUAAUCUCACCAGAAUGGCUAUAAUGACCGAAAACGAAUAAAAGUAAAACCGCUACCAUCGAAUUCUUCAUCUUCAGGUAUUGUGAGCAAUACUCGGGAAUGCAUCCGUCCGCGAGGGGUAUGACGUACAUGGAGCGCAUGCGUAUGGCGAGGGGAAUCAUCCUUGAGACUUUGCUCGCGAAAAACCAACACGCCGAGGAGGCGGCGAGGGCGGCGGCAAAGGAAGAAUUCCUUCCACAGCGAAGAAGGCUGGAAGAGGUGCGCGGAACCUUGCGAAGUCUGCGAGCAAACGAGGAGGAGAAUCGGCAGCUAAAAAUUGCAGAAGAAGAGGACUCGUCUGCCAAAAAAAGUGCUGACCAGCAGAAAAAAAAUCUAGAAAACGAAGAGCGCGAACUUGCCGACCUGGUGAAGCGCGAGGAGGACGCGUACAUGGAAAGAGAACACCGCCCGUUUAUCGGCAUAAAACUCGACCCCACACCGCUGAAAGUGAAAGAGGACAUGGAGAAGCGCGAAAGACAAGCAGCCCUGCAGAAACAGUGGGAGGAAAAUAGGGACUCGUUUCUUCGAGGCGGCAUGCGGGCUGGAGUCGAUGACAAAGAAGAAAGACAAAAGAGGAAAAGGGCCGCUGCGAGGAAACAAGCAAGUGCAAUAGGUAUUAGCGGUGUAGUAGUAGGCGCAGCACGAGAUGAAAACUUUGAGGACCUGAAAAUCGGUGGCUCACAACAUGCAGUGACGGCAGGAGUGGGGGAGCAGUUGUCAGUUGGAGGUUCUUCGGCUGCACCAACAGCAGAUGAAAACGAAGCGUCCGUACUUGCUGCCCUUCGGAACUGGUUCGUUGCGAUCGUCUCUAACUUGCACGCAACUGUCCUUGAUCUUUCCGCUAUCACAUCACCUAACGAUGCAUCAUCAACACCUGCGAGAGAACAAGAAGAAAACUACAGGGACGGACUGCUCCACAAGGAAGACUGGGCUGUGAAUCCCGCGGAUCUGUUCACGCACACCGAGAACGCUGAUGGUUUUUUUGUUCCGGCAGAUCUUGACAAGCAGCUGCGGAAGCCGCACACAAGAAAGCUAGCUGCCAGAAUACGGGCUGAUGAAACGGAAACGAAAAAUCAUAAACGAAAUCUACAAGAAUCGGGGGCACCAGCCACAGCACAUCUAAAAAAAAACGCCGAAGAACCAGUCGCUCCGCGGACGCCCGCGUCGAGCGCGUCCUCGGCACAACUGGUACCAGCCGGCGCAGCACCUUCAGCAGCUGCGUCCUCGCAUGACGAAGAGCUCCCUACGUUUUCUGCUACUGGUACGUGCGUACCCAGCUUUGAUCAUGACCUUUUUACCGAAGAUCCUCGUGAACUAGAAGCUCAUGUUGACCGGCAUGACAACUCGGAAAGAACCCCCGAUAAAAGCACCACCCGGCGCUGCCUGCAGUCGGGCGACAUCAGACAGAUCGGAAUUGUGAACAACAUGCCAAACCAGACUUUGGUGAAGAAAAUCACGGUGGGUAACGUGGUCUACAACGCGAACGAAAUUCCCAUCCGCAACCGCAUCCCCAUUCCAGAGCUGCUGAAGGACGACAACAGCAACAGCAACGACCCGCAGCUGCAGGCGGACGACAAUCCGUACCUCACUUCCUUCACGCUCUACAACUUCGAGGCCAAGGCCUCCCUGGUGAUGCACCAGCGCCGCGGCAGCAUUUUUCUCUACGACGUGGAUUCCAGCACCUACGACGACGUCCCGCGCGGGGUGGACUUCAACGAGGUGCUGCCCCCGGCGAUGCGGUUCCGUUUUCACUCCUGCAAGGAAAACAACGCGUUUUGCCACGUGCAGAUGUCCACGUACAUCGACCAGGGCCUGGUCGUGCUGGACCGGCACCGGAUGAUGAUCGUAAAAUACCCGUGGUCCACGUUCGCCGGCGUCGACCGGGUGUACGACAAGACGGUGGAGGACAUGGUGCUCCGCAUGCCGCAGCUCAGCAUUUUUGGUACCAUGGACAUCGCGGGCGCCGGCAACCUCGGCCUGCAGUCGGCGGAAGCGGUCUUGCGGUACCAGACCCACUCCGACAUGGUGUUUGUCGAGCGGAUCGACGCGUUCACGCCGGGACAUUCCAUCGCUAACCCGGAUAUCCUGUGCAAAAGUAUCGUACUCGUACCAACUGCAGUCAUGCAAGACAAUUUUUUUUUUUUAAGCUAAAUAAGCAUGAGAAAUUCCACUUCUCAUGCUGAGCUAGAUUUGUAUUGCAAUACUACGAAUACGAUAGUUUUGCAGUUCAUACCGGAUUUUCUGCACGUAGCGGACACCUUUCUGUUUGUCGCGGACACGGGGAAUGAUCGGAUUGCCAUUUUCAAUCUGACCACACCCGAAAGCUACUCGUUCUACGAAACCUUCCAAAUGAAAGACUCCUUGAAGCCCUCGCCGGAGCUGAAUCGUCCGGUGGCACUGGCGAUGUUCCUACCUGGGAUGGAGUACAGGUACAGGAGAAAACUACAAGAUUUGAAUUUCACCUACUUAAGCCUCUCCCCAUCUACUAGUUUCCGGUUUUUAUCCCGACGAAGGAAGUGAUUCAUCUAGUCGUCCUGCUCACAUAGACCACAUAUCUUGACGAAUCGAACGACAAUCAAAAAAAGAAUAAAAACAAAACCACCCCACCACACAGGGAGAGCCCCACGUACGCAAACAUAUUCCUCUGUGACCGUUUGAACCACCGGGUUCUGAAGUUGAAUUGGGGCUACUACCAGUACAGCGAGCAGUACAAUUUUACGAUCUACGACGAUUUUGGGUUGGUCGACCGAAUUGAACAGCGGACGCGCUACUACCGGCGCUGGAACCGCGGGCCCCACCUCGAAUACGACAGCCAGAUCGGCGGCGACACCACCCCCGGCGGCUUUAGUCAGGGGUUACUGACUAUCAAAUGCAAAAGUGUGUGGGUCUGGAAGGAUGCAAGUUUGUCAUGCUUGUCUGGCAUGACUCGAGAAUCUGUGUUGCAUAGGCGCGAAAAGGCCCUCUUACCUGUCAUGCAAAAACGCAGGCUGCCAUGCGGAAUACGUAAGACAUGGCAGCCAAAAAAUUUGUCAUGCAUAGUUGCGUAUUGCAGUGCGUCUACCAUUCACUUUUAGCAUUACAAGUUUCCAGACCCAGACAUAUCUGCAUUUGAUACUGACGGAGCCGAUUUCCGUGCAGACGUUCCGGCACUACAUUUUCGUGCUGCAGUACGGCUCGGAUGAGAUCGGGGUGUACACGCUGAACUACAAUCAGACGAAGGAGUUUUUGUUCGUUACCAAGUUCUAUCAAAUGCAAAAAUGUCUGGGUCUGGAAGAAUGCAAGUUUGUCAUGCUUGUCUGGUAUGACUCGAGAAUCUGUGUUGCCGAGGCACGAAAAGGCCCUCUUACCUGUUAUGCAAAAACGCAGUUUGUCAUGCGGAAUACGUAAGACAUGGCAGCCACAAAAUUUGUCAUGCAUAGCUGCGUAUUGCAAUGCGUCUAUCAUUCACUUUUAGCAUUACAAGUUUCCAGACCCAGACAUAUUCGCGAUCCAUAAGUUCACGAACAGCCGCAAGAUCGAGUACGGGAUCGGCGUGAGCUACAACGGCUACGUCUGGUUCGCCCAGCAGGAAUCGCGGCAGUCCAGUUACGAGAAGGACCUGGCGGUGUUUGAAUCGCCCCGCGACCUCCGCGAGGGCAUCCGGCAGUACAAGGCGGACGACUUGAAAACGCAGUGCGUGGACCUGGAUUUCUACAACAAGACCAUCAUGAACGACCCGGCCGAGUUCGUCCGGGUGGUGUCCCACGCGUUAAACAUCUCCGGGCUGCAGUACUUCUACCCGAACCGGACGGGGACGUACGUGGACCUGAAACUGUUCAACCUCUCCUACGUGGCGGAACAGGAUUCCAACCCGUUGCUGACCGGGCAGAACAUUUACACGCCCCCGGCGAUGGACUUUGGGUACAAUCCCAGCGGCCUCAUCGGUCCGCAGUACCCCGAGGAAACCUGGUGGAACAGUACCAAAGCGGGGUUUAACUUCCAACUCUGGAACGCGACCAUCUACGGGGGGAUCGUGAUGGAGGUCUGCGAGGUGUACAUCCCGACGCCGCCGCCCAUGCUGUUUGGUGGACAGGGUGGGUUCGUCAAUCAGGACGGCUCCGCGUUGCAGCAGUGGGACAUCAGUGCGGCCUAUGAUCACGGUGGAAAGAGGAGGGGUGUUUUGCUGGAAAAGACCGUUUUGUUACUCUUCAUGUACUGCGUUUGGUUCAUGCUGUUUCAUCAGCCGCGGAAGAAUUUCUACUCCACGCAGCUAGAGGAAACAAGUAACUCAGUUCAUGUGCUGGUGGAGGUGCAGGAAAGAAACAGUCGCCGCAGUUUUGGUGUCGCUGCAAGAACGUCGAUUUUGCAGCACGACAACAGAAGUGUCGUCGGGCUCCCGUGCGGAGGUACUGCUUCGGAAAAGAGCUCUGGAGGUCCAGAUGCGGAAGCGAAACACGAAGACGAAACUGAGGAAGACCACGCACAAGAACACGACGAAAUGACCUCUGGCGUAACUGCAUCGUCCACGACACCGCAUUCGAAUUUGCAGCAUUUUCCGCGCGGGUUGGUCGUCGAAGUUUCCAGUGACAGAAUACGAACAACAAGAAUACGAAGCCGACAGCACGAGAUAAGAAAAACUAGAACUAGUACACUUCUCAACGACAAAAUGGCACCAGGCUGAUGCUUGUUGAGCCACUGCGAGAAUCGUGCUACACAGAUCCACGAAACGUGAACUCUUUUUCAUUAGACACAAUCCUGCAAGCGCUGAACUUUCUAUGCCUGCUGUGUCCCUCAGGUUGCAAAAGCUAAAAGGCACACUAGAUCAUCAAAG